AUGAAGAAGAGCAUAUCAUGUAAUAGAAUAGCUGAGGAAUCCGCUGGUGGAGCAGACUGUAAAAGAAUAGCUGAGGUACUUGAUGGUGAAGCAGACUAUGAUACAAUAGCUGUGGUACCUGAUGAUUAUAAUGGAAUAGCUGAGGUAUCUGAUGGUGAAGCAGACUGUAAUGGAAUUGCUGAGGUAUCUUUUGGUGCAUCAGACUGUAAUAGAAUAGCUGAGGUAUCUGAUAAUGAAGCAGACUGUAAUGUAAUAGCUGAGGUAUCUGAUGGUGAAGUAGACUGUAAUGGAAUUGCUGAGGUAUCUGAUGGUGCAGCAGACUGUAAUAGAAUAUCUGAGGUAUCUGAUUAUGAAGUAGACUGUAAUGGAAUAGCUGAGGUAGCUGAUGGUGAAGCAGACACUAAGGUACCUGAUGGUGGAUUAGACUUCUAUAGAAAAGCUGAGGAACCUGAUGGUGGAGCAGACUGUAAUAGUAUAGCUGAGGAACCUGGUGGUGAAGCAGGCUGUAAUAGAAUAGCUGAGGUACCUGAUGCAUACUGUUACAGAAUAGCUGAGGUACCUGAUGGUGGAUCAGACUGUAAAAUAAUAGCUAAGGUACCUGGUGGAUCAAAUUCCUAUAGAAUAGCUGAGGUACCUGAUGGUGGAUCAGACUGUAAUAGAAUAAGUGAGGAACCUGAUGGUGCUGCAGACUGUAAAAGAAUAGCUGAAGUUCUUGAUGGUGGUGUAGAGUGUACUAAUAUAAUAGCUGAGGUUUCUGAUGGUGAAGUAGACUGUUAUAGAAUAGCUGAAGUACCUGAUGGUGGAGCAGACUGUAAAAUAAUAGCUGAGGUACUCGAUGGUAGAUCUGACUGUUAUAGAAUAGCUGAGGUACCUGAUGGUGAAACAGACUGUAAUAGAAUAGCUGGAGCAGACAGUAAUAGAAUAGCUGUGGAACCUGAUGGUGAAACAGACUGUAAAAGAAUAGCUGAGGUACUUGAUGGUAGAGCGGAUGUUAUAGAACAGCUGAGAAUAGCUGAGGUACCUGGCAGUGGAGCAGACAGCAAAAGUGUAGCUGAGGUGCAUGAUGGUGGAGCAGACUUUAAAAGAAUAGCUGAGUUACUUGAUGGCGGAGCAGCCUGUGUAAUUAACGCUUACUUACCUGAUGGUGGAUCAGGCUGUUAUCGACAGCUGAGGUACCUGCUGGUACCUGAUGGUGGAUCAGACGGCUAUAAAAUAGCUGAGGUUUCUGAUGGUGGAGCAGACCGCAAAAGAAAAGCUGAGGUACCCGAUAAUGGAUCAGACUGUUAUAGAAUAGCUGAGGAGCCUGACGGUGUAGCCAACUCUGAAGUACCUGAUGGUGGAGCAGAAUGUAAUAGAUUAGCUGAUGUACCUGAUGGUGAAGCAGACUGUAAUCGAAUAGCUGAGGUACAUGAUGAUGGAACAGAAUGUAAUAGAUUAGCUGAUGUACCUGAUGGUGAAGCAGACUGUAAUCGAAUAGCUGAAGUACCUGAUGGUGGAGCAGAAUGUAAUAGAUUAGCUGAUGUACCUGAUGAUGGAGCAGAAUGUAAUAGAUUAGCUGAUGUACCUGAUUGUGAAGCAGACUGUAAUAGAUUAGCUGAAGUACCUGAUGGUGAAGCAGAACCUAAUAGAUUAGCUGAUGUACCUGAUGGUGGAGCACAAUGUAAUAGAUUAGCUGAUGUACCUGAUGGUGAAGCAGACUGUAAUCGAAUAGCUGAAGUACCUGAUGGUGAAGCAGAAUGUAAUGGAUUAGCUGAUGUACCUGAUGGUGAAGCAGAACCUAAUAUAUUAGCUGAUGUACCUGAUGGUGGAGCACAAUGUAAUAGAUUAGCUGAUGUACCUGAUGGUGAAGCAGACUGUAAUCGAAUAACUGAAGUACCUGAUGGUGGAGCAGAAUGUAAUGGAUUAGCUGAUGUACCUGAUGGUGGAACACAAUGUAAUAGAUUAGCUGAUGUACCUGAUGGUGAAGCAGACUGUAAUCGAAUAGCUGAAGUACCUGAUGGUGGAGCAGAAUGUAAUGGAUUAGCUGAUGUACCUGAUGGUGAAGCAGGCUGUAAUCGAAUUGCUGAGGUGCAUGAUGAUGGAGCAGACUGUAAUCGUAUAGCUGAAGUACCUGAUGGUGGAGCAGACUGUUAUCGAAUAGCUGAGGUAGCUGAUGGUGGAUCAGAAAGCUAUCGAUAA